UAAGAAUGGAGUCGCGGAAUGCCCUGGUGGAAUGUUCGUGCGCGAUCGAGAGCAAUUCGUCGUUCGUCGUAAUCGUAAACGUAAUCGCGAACGAUCUUUCGCCGGUUGGCGCGAUGUGGUGACGAUAGACCGGUGUUGUCCCGUGCCCCACGAGAACCGUUCGAAAGUUCGCGCGUACGUCGUUCGGUCGUGUGUUAUGUGCGAAGGUGUCGGUCCCCAUACCGUGAAAUCAUGCCGUUUGUGCUCCGAAAAGUGGAACCGCGCUACUUGCGACGCGGACACGUGCCGGCGGGAUCAGCGCCGCAGGGUUGGCCGGUGGGCGCCGAAUUGGAGGCGGUGGCGAACGGCGCGUUCACCACGUCCCUCAAGCAACUCGCGUCCCUGCUCACCACCGCCGAGGACAUAUUCGCGGACCUAACGGCCGAUCUGACCGCGGUCGCUGAUCGUAGCAGCCGUCUGCGCUCGAGGAUCGACAGUGUCGAGGAACGUCUCGCCGCCAUCGACCCCAAGAAAGUACCAGUCCCGGAAUCGGAUAUCUGCACGUUCGCGGCAAGGACAGAACAUUUCCACAUCGUUAACAAACCAUCAACGGCAUUAUUUACGUCGAACAGCAGACCGAAGGCCCUGAGGGAAUUGUACGAGGCCGCUGCCAUAGUCGCUGUCAGAAGUUUGGAUAGCCUGAGAAGGGAUGGCAGUUCCAUGGAUAUGUUCCUCUGCACGCCGGUCCUUGGCAAGAGAAGGCGGGACCAGAGCCUCGACAUCGAAUCCAGAAUCCCGGCCGCUAUCGAAGAUCUGCGAAGAUGGACGUCCACGGAGGCGCUGGGGGACGUCACCGUACCACCGGAUUGCAUGUCCAGGAUCCUCGGGGAUACUACGGACGACGACGCCGUCGAUCACAAGCUACCCAGCCCCGAGGAGCAGGUUCAAGCCAUCGCUCUCAAAUUCCCCGCUGAAAUCGUGGCGGUGGAUGUCAGCGGAAAAGGAUUCCAGAGAAUGACCAUGAGAAGAAGAUCUCUGCUGUCCGGUCCGGAAAGUCAAGAAACAUCUGUGAAAAGACGAUCGCGGCCCCGCAGGCCCAGGGGAAAGAGACGAAACACGAUCGCUGGUACCGAUCAGAAGGAAAUUCGUCAGGCUAUAGGAGGGGAAGCGAUCGGCGAAGAAGCGGAGGAGACGAUGUCGGCCAUCGCGUCUAGGACCCAACGAUCGGCGAGCACGGACAUCCUCGGCUCGUCGAAGAAGGAAUCGCCGACAGAGAAAAAGUCCCAUUUCAACACGUUGAAGGCGUGGGGUAUGUCGAGACUGAAACUGAUCAGUCCGAAGUCCGCGCAACAGCAACAGCAACAGCAACAGCAACAGCAACAGCAACAGCAGCAGCAAGACCAACAGGAGUCGUCCGCUUCGGGUACAGAGAGGUCAGAGCUGGAUCAAGGUCAGUCGAGAUCACCGGAAGAAACAAAUAUUUACGAAACGGUAACAACCAGGCGCAGGAAGGACAAGUCUCACGAAAGGAAGCCCAGCUCGUCGAGCUCGAGCGGGAAGAGCACCUCGAGCAUACCGGUGUCUGUUCCGACCACGGAAAGACAACCGAGCGUGAAAUUGCGCGAAAGCGCCGCCCAAAGGAGAGAAAGACGAAAGGGAAGCAGUCGCGACGACCCACCGCACUCGAGCUCUGGAAACUGGAGUGCAUCAUCCGAAAGUGGAAGGGCGAGUAUUGGAAGCGAAACGACCACCACCACGCAUCAACCAAGAUCCACAACGACAGCAUCGAUCGGCACAUCGUCAACGUCUUUGAGUCACAUGCGACGAUUUAAGGGACGAGACACCUCAGCCUCAUCCUCGGUGACGUCAGAGGGUACAUUGACUCCAGAUAUCAUUCAAGAUAUUGCCGUAGUGCCCUUCUCCGACGAUGGUGAAACAUCGUCCGUGUACUCCUGCGACACGGAAGGGUAUUACACCUCGUUCCACGUGGACUCCGGCCUGAAAACUUUAAGGGAAGAGGAUCCAGUUCCUCAGAGUCCCUUGACAAGGUCCAAUGACAUCAGCUCCGAUCCUACCUCACCGAUUGUCGAGAACGAGUACGAACUGUUCGGAAGGGGGUCCACUUCUACGACAACGAGUUCCGCGGGCACAGUUUGUACCGCGUUAAUGGCGCCUCCACCACCGGAAAGAAAGUCUAGCCUUACCGUUGUUGCUAUGGUUCAUGGACAAAACCAAAAUGGUGGCGAGUCUCCGGACAGCGGACACAAUACCUCAUCCUCGCCCGUGGAAUCGGCCUCGAGUCCAGCCUGUACGGGACGUUCGUGCUCGGAAUUCGAGUACUCCGAGUCCAGUGAUCUCGAAGGCUGUGAGAGAAUCGAGAGAAUUCGCUCGAAAACGGCGAUCAAUACUAGUCGUAUACCGUCCAUGUGCGUGAUCACGCCACCGGGUUCGGACGACGAGCACGCGAGGGAAACGGAUCAAGUAAAGAAGACGAACGAGACGAGAAAGUCCGAUCUACAAACCGGAGGCGCGGUCCUCAUGUCCGCCACCGUCGGAACGUCCAAGAUGGAGGUGAUCAACGGGCAGGAUAAAAAUCUGUACGCCACCGUUCAGGUGUUACCUUUGCCGAUCAACGAUAGAUCCGCCGUUGGACAGCAAUCGUCCAAGAUCAGUCCGCUCAGCGGGGUUCUGGGCAAGCUUCGCGGCGUGCUUCCUGGCAGGAAGCACGCGACGAAGAGUGCGGUUCCGGACGAAGUAACCGCAGACUCCGGCGACUAUGUCACUAUAGCCGACGUGAGAAACAACAACGACAAACGUCAGGAUACCGGUUCGUCGUCUAGCACCGCUCCAGUUCGAUCCACGACCUACGCGAACUCGGAUAUCUUCAAGAAGGACGCCGAGUAUGUUAGUUUAAGCGAAUUACCAAAAAAGCCAGACUCCUCUUUAGAGAGGAAACGACAGGGCGCCAGAGUCACGCUGGACUCGGAGGGCAAAGUCGUCUACUCGUCCGACAGUUUGAAAAGAAGGAAAGGGGCCCACACUACGUUCAACCCAGGUCCAUUCGUGAGAGAAGGGGCGUCCCCGAGCCCGUCGCCGUUGCUGCACCGCGCUAUUCCGAACGUUCGAGCGGUCGCGAAGACGAACGACACGGUCGACGGGGGAAGCAAAUCGACGCCGCCCACUUCGCCGCAAUUAGGCAAGUUGAUCAUCAGAGCGGCGAGGAGUCCCGAUCGAGCGGCCAGCCCGGAUUACGUACGAACGCCGUCGACCGUGGUGGGGCCCACGAGUCCCACGACUCCGCAUCGGCAAGUUCGCGGGGCGUACGUGAACGUGCAAGACGACGAAGACAACACUUUGCUGGCGAUAGACCCGGUGCCGCCUCAUGGAAACGUCCAACCGCCGCCGUACAUUUCGCCACCGACUCCCGAGGAAUGCCAGAAGGAUCAUAAGAUCCAAGAGAUCCUAAAGAGCUCUCAAACAAGCCAAAAAAUUCAAACGCAGUGCGACAAUCAACAGAACUAUGGACGACAGGUUCCCCAUCCUCAGCAGAUCUACGUCCACGAUGCUCGACGGCACUUUUACAACAAUAACAACAAAUUCUUCGAGCAGAAUCAAUUGCCAGGUUACAACGAGUACCAGCAUGGCUGUGACCAACGUCAAAUCGUGCACAUGCACAACGCGAGGAACCAGCAAUACUACUCGCAAGGAAAGGAUGUCAAUCAACAGUUUUACACGUUGCCAUCCAGAAGACCGCAGAGGGAGGUCGAACCACCCCGUAGUGUCACACCAGACAUUACCAGAGGUCUGGGACGCGGCUCCUUGAGCACGAUGCACAUGCUCGCGAGGCAUGGUCAAAAAACGAUGGUCGAGCAGGAUUCCAAUCGAUUUGGCUCCCAGGUAGAGCUGAACAAACGAAACGCAGAGAACUACGAGAUACAGGAUCGCCUAAUGCAGAGUCAUCAGCAGCCACCUAUUGUGGAUGUCAGAAACAGAUUCGCAACACCAUUAGGCCUAACAGCGUUGGGAUAUCGAUUUUUCGCGUCCUCGCCUGUUCGUGAUCCCGUUAUGAAGUCUUCUAGUGCUGAUGCUUUAAAGCACAAUCCAAUUUCCCCGAUCGGGCACAGCUAUGGCAAUAGUUUCAAGUCGUCCACGCCGUGCGGACGUAGUAUGCCAACUGUUGCCGAACGUUUGGCUCUGACUGCUGCCAGCAACUGCUCCUCGCCGAUGCCGAACUCCGGUAGGAACACGCCCGUGCAAACAUCCUCGGGCAGAACUACACCGACCAAUUUGAUUCUAUCGCCGACGAAAAGCACGAUGUCCAACGAGGAGCUGUUCGCCGCUAUUCACAAAUCGAAGAAAAGACUGAACAUCAAGGAUGACGGGGAGAACCUCUCUCCGUACGGAUCGACGAACUCGUUGGCGAAGAUGCCGCCUGGGAACAGACACAGCUGGAGCUCCGAGUCGCAGAAACCUCAGAUGGUAACGCAGAACGCACAAUCGUCACCUGCCACGUCACGAUUGGACUUUAAACGUUUGCUGCUUCAACAGAGCGUGAAGACGGGACCUACCAGGCUGUCCGCGGCGGAGCAAUUGAAGCUGUCGAGACAGCAGUCACAGCAGCAACAAUCGUCGCCGACAAUCCAGCAAACGACCCCUUUGGCCAAAGUUCUGAGUCCUCGAUCUGUGUGGAGGUUUCAAACGCCACGUACGGACGUCCUGUCGUCCACCAUCAUCGAGGACACAGCGGCUGAGGAGAAGGCCAUGAAACCAUCGCCGGAAAACUCUUCCCCCGUUUCGAGGCUGAACGCGAGGAGGCAGUUGGACCUCUGCAGCGAUCUACCGAAACAUCUGGAAACAAUGGCCACCGAUUGCAACAACAGGCUAUCGUUGGACAACGUGGAGGUCUCUGACUCGAUGUACGCCAACGAGAUUCAGAGGCAAGAGUCCAGCGUGGGGAACUGUAUGACUGUCGGUGACAAUCGUCUGGUCUCCAACUUGCAAACCAGCGUUUCUCGAUCCGCGUCGCCAGUUAAAACCGUCUCGGAUCCGCAGAACAGCACGGCGAUCCAGUAUCCGGCCAACUGUACGCAGCUGACGCUUUCGUGUCAGCAAGCGAUAAGCGCCUUCGAGUCGAGGAGGAUCAGCAAUCAGCUGGCCAGGGCGCAAUUCUUGGCUGGCACGACUGCGACAUCGAACCAAGGCCACAAUACUUACGUUAGGCAGAUACUGAGAGCGAGAUCCGAGUCCCCGCAGAGCGUCGCGACGCAAAAUGUCAGCCGUAGUCCUAGCGCCCCUACCCUGGAGACCGCUUUAUGAUCGCAACGCGCGUUUUCGGCGACCAGACGCGACACUCUGAGGACCAGAAUGGACGAGCUUCUUCGACACGUACGUUUUUGGAGAACGUAACCGGAAAUUGAACAGUUUCCAUGGUUGUCGAAAAUUUCAGAUACGCAGGGUUGUUUUUCUUGGUGAGAUUUAAGUUGAGAUUGUAAGAAUUCACGAAAACGUGUGGUUUAAAAAGAAAAUAGAUAUUUAAGAUUGUCUUCUUUAAGUCACGUAUCUUCGAGAUUGUUUGCGAUCUCAACUUACGUGGAACACCCUGUAUGUAUAUCGUUUUGGUAAAUUUCGUCCUUCUGAUUCUCGACGCGUCGUGUUCGACCGGCGAGAGUAAUUUUCUAGAAAGCCAGGUGGUACGCUCGGAGAAAAUAAAUUAAAGAGUCUAGAGAUAGUUGGAUACCUGUGAAUUUAUAAAUCUAAGUCGUCUCAGUCCAAAUUCUAUCGUCGAAUCGUAAUCGAUUGUUACACCAAGUGGACAAUAAUUUGUUACGUCAUGCGAGUUCAUGAUAGAGAUUAGUAUUACGCAGUAUUGGAUUACUUUUUUUGUCAGGUAAAAGUAUAACGAGGCAGGGCAAAGGACGUCGAGCGGUCGCGUGGAAUCUAAAGCAACGAAUACGAUCGAUUCGCGUCGUUCGAGUUCAUUUAAAAUCGCGACGUUUUGUAUAGCUCAAACCGAAGAUUUUCAUAACGCGCGUACUUGAGUUCGUUCGUGGAAAGCAAUAACUUUUAAUGCAAAUAAUCUCUUCCUGAAUUUUAAGAGGAAUUUAUAAGGUGUUCGGCAAACCCUGGGAAAAAUUUUAAUGGGAGAUUAUAGAGACCAAAAUAAGUCCAAAAUCAAGAAUACCAAUUUGUUAAUUAAGGCUUCGCUAAAAAGUUAUUAACAUU